UGGAAGCCUCCCCCGAGGUUAGACAUGCCCCCAUCUACAGUAGAGCAUGGCUACCAGAGUGUACAGAGAGACAUACAGAAGGAGAGGGAACAGUGUGUACUGCAAGAACUCUUCUUCUCCAAGUCUAGGUGGACUCAGAACACACAGGAUAACUUUAACUGGACAAGGCACUGGGGAGCAACAAGCUCCCUUCUCACUGGGCCUUCUUUUGACCACACAGUAGGGGACUGUUUCAUGGGAAAUGGCGCCACCUACCGAGGACAUGUGAACACUACAGAUGAUGGUCUGGUGUGUCAGCGCUGGGAGGACCAAACUCCGCAUGAGCAUGAGUUCCUGGACCUCAGCAUUGGCGGCCUGUCUGAGAACUACUGCCGUAACCCUGACGAUGAGAAGAGACCGUGGUGCUACACCCUGGACCCUAGCGUCCGCUGGCAGUACUGCCCCGUCAAACCCUGUGACCAAACUGGCUACUACAUCUACAUCAAGACCUCCAGCGUUCAAAUGUCUGACAAGGCUAGACUGAGACUGUACAGUCCCACAGUCUACCCCACAUCAUCUACAAUGUGUCUGCGGUUCUGGUACCACAUGUACGGUAGGAACAUCAACAGGCUGAACGUGUACAUCCAGACAGGCUCAGCUCUACCAACUGUCCCAACCUUCCAGAGGAUAGGCCCACAGGGAGACCGGUGGAUACAGGCUGAAGUAGACGUGUACAGCGCUAGUCCUUACCAGGUGUGGUUGUGA